CAACUACUAACUGCUGUCAAAAAUCAACACACUACAAAAACAAAAGAUAAGAUAAGAUAACUAAACUCAAUCAUUGUCACUGUCAGACUGAACAUAACAUGAGGUCUAUUUUGCGAUCUGUUCAAAUAGCAAUAAUAGUAAAGAGUUUCUGCAGAGGAUUAUCAACGGGAACACUACCAGAUAUUGUCCAUAAAAUCAAACAUGAUAGUAAAAACAUUCUUGUAAUGGCGGGAGCUGGUCUUAGUACACCUAGUGGCAUUCCUGAUUUCAGGUCACCUGAUUCAGGGCUCUAUAGUCAAUUACAAAAAUACAAACUACCGUACCCUGAGGCGAUUUUCGAUCUGCACUUCUACAAUCAAAACCCAAAACCGUUUCUUGACCUGGCCAAAGCAAUCUAUCCAGGAGCCGGUAACAUAAAGCCGAACAUUGGUCAUUAUUUUGUUCGUCUACUUGAAGAAAAAGGAAAACUCUUGAGGAUGUAUACUCAGAAUAUAGAUGGCUUAGAAAGAUUGGCAGGUUUGAACAAUGAUAAUCUAGUCGAAGCACAUGGCAGUUUUUCCACGGCUUCUUGUAUAAGGUGUUACGCCAAACAAGAUUCAGAAAUUGUUAGAAAAGCUAUCAUGGCAGGGGAAGAACCAAGGUGUGAGGAGUGCAAGGGCCUAGUCAAACCUGAUAUAACAUUUUUUGGAGAAAUGCUCCCUCAGAGGUUUGGAGAAUUAUCACAAGUUGACACACUUCAAACUGACUUUCUCAUUAUCAUUGGAACCUCCCUUGUGGUAUAUCCAUUUGCGGGGUUGGCAGACAUGGUGGAUUACUCGGUUCCAAGGCUUCUUAUCAACAGGGACGAGGUUGGAUCGCUGGGAGCUCGUCCGCAAGAUGGCGUAAUGUUGGGAGAUAUUGUGCAGCAGAUUGAGCUCCUAGCUGCAGAGCUCGGCUGGCUGGCUGAGCUUCAAAACCUGACUAAGCUCCAUUAGCAAAAGCCAGGGGUCUUAACACUCCUUUUGGUUUUUUUUUAUUUUUAGUUGUUUGAUUUUUUAAAUCAAAUAUGAGAUGUUAAAUCUCUGUUGCAACCCAAGGAGGGCUUCCUGAAAUGCAAAAUGUUAUUCCAUUGGUGUUGUGAGAUUUAUUUUAGGCAUGACUUAUCGGUGGCAUUAGAACAGGUCUAGUGAAGUCAGGAGUUCAAUUUUUGUCUCCUUCAUCCAGUCUUAUGUCCUAGGUCAACAAUAAUUCAAUGAAAUGAUGAUUAUUAACUUCUAUGUCCUUUUAAUUCUAUGUUCUACUUAUUUUUAGUUGAAGAGGAAUAGCGUUAGUUUCCAAAAGAUGAGACAUUAUAUUGUCACACAGUUUUCUUUUUUCAAACAUUUUGAUGAGUAUGAAUUUGGCGAAGGUGGACUUGUGACGUAAUCUUCUGUUUUAAUGCCUACUUACUGAACAAAGAGACCUGAGAUUAAAAAUUCAAAAUCCUUAUAAUUUGAGCUACACACUAGAUACAAUUUAUAAAAGUAACAUUUCAAGAAGACCAGUAUGCUAUCAUUUUUUUGCAUAAUAUUUGUGUUAAAUAAAAGCACUCUAAAUUAGACAUUGGUCUAAUAAACGUAAGGCAUUAAUAUGGGGUUUUAUAUACAUGAUGUACUUUAAAUAUCACCUAGCUUCAAAUUUAACUUAACAUUAGUGAUAGAUAAUACCCUUCCCCUGAUGUAGCAAAGCUGUGGACACCGCAAAUUUUCAAUUUGUCUGUAUGGUUUUUAAAUAA